CGAGAGGUUUAGUGUGUGGAGCUGCUCGCGCUCCGCCCGGGCUGUCAGUCCCGGCUCCAGCCGCCGCCGCGAGACCUUCCCGGAGACGCGCGCACACACAGCGCACCCCCUGCACACCCUCGCUCCCCGGCUCACACACACGCGCACACUCAGCCUGGCGGAGCAGGAGCCACUGACCGUUCUGCAAGUGCCGGGACCAGCCGCGGCGCAGUGGGGACAAACACCCCGCAUUCCUCCCAGUCGGGGCUUUCGUCUUGGAGACGGCGACGAGGGGGCGAAGGUGGGCUAGGACACGGACCCGGCGCCGGGCACUGGUCGGACCGCCUUGCUGGCAGAGCCGCCUCCCGGGACGGGCGCGGGCCUCCGCAGAGAGUAGAAUAAAGAGGAGCGGCCGCGAUCGCAGCGCGAGGAGGAUGGGAACUCCCCUAUUUCCAGCUCUGUAACAAAUGGAUGGAAAUCCUGAAUGGAGGAACCGCUGAUCUCAUUUGCUUGAGAAAUCGUCCGGAGGAACUCAUAUUUGGCUACUCUGAGCAGAGGAGGGGGUGUCCAUGACGUGGCAGGGGGAAAAUAGACAUCCGAAACCUCCCGUGUGAACUGCAAACUGUAACCAAGCAAGGGGAAAAUGAUAGCUCGCUAUAUUCUAAUUUCAUGCAGAGGGUUUGAAGCAUCUGUAUCAUAAACUUACUUCUAUGCCUUGUACCCAGUUCAUUAGAGACCAGAGGAGUCCUGUCGGGGGGCCCCAUCAUUAUCCGGGAGACCCGCCGCCAGCGGCCUGCCUUCGUUUACCCACUUCCCCCUGGAGCGGAUAUCUGUUCAGGGUACCACGGGCUAUCCUAGAGAACUCCGGCCAAAUCUCCGUGGAUGCUUUGCUAAUUCUGGGACUUAACUCCCGGAACCUACCUACGGGACUGGAAUUUAGCCUAAAUGCAUCUGAAGAAAUGACAUUUUAAGCCGCUUUAAAAAUACCUUAAGAAAUUUCCUGUGUAGCAGGAUUUGAUGGGCUUAACAACAUGACAGGUAAGAACUUUCUCUCUUUCUAGUCCCUGAACGCCCCAUACAGGGAAGGCCGAAGCGGAACGGGACCCUGGAGGAAGGAGAGCCCGGGUAGCCGGGUGCCCUUCGGGCUCUCAGGCUCCCGGCCGGGCAGCUGCUUUCAAGAGAGGCGCAGCCCUCGCUCCUGGACGGUGGUGGGGCCGGAGGCCGGGAAGCUUCGGGCGCGCGCGCGCGCGGGGAGGCGGCGCUGCGCUCCACCUGCCUGCCCCGGACGCAGCCCCGGGCAAGGCGUCGAGGGACCACCCCAAGUCAAUAUUGGGAUUUUUAAUAAACCAAGGAAUGGGAUUUUAAUUAUUCAAAACCCAGCUCCUCCGGGCCAGAGGAUGGUCCUACUCCCACAAUAUUAGAGACCCAUCACUAAGAGGAAGAGAACAGCGUCCGGAGACACCCGUCGCAAUUACGAAUGAAACCAGAGACUUGGUAGCACAGGGCAUUGAUCGCUGGUGCCCAGCCGGACCCUCCUCCCGCUCGCCCCAUCCCUCCCGCGCUUCUCCCCGACCCGAGGCAGGCUCUGGCGGCGGCCGGGACCUCGCGUCCCCUACAUCGUGGCGGGGGGCUGCAUUUUUCAUGAGCCCGGGGUGAACAGGUGCGAAGUGCGCUGGGAGCCUCCGGCCGACAGCCGGGCGCGCGGAACAUGGAGAGCGAGCGCGAUGUGUACCGCCAGUUCCAGGACUGGUGCCUCAGGACUUAUGGGGACUCGGGCAAGACCAAGACGGUGACCCGUAAAAAAUACGAGCGCAUCGUCCAGCUCCUCAACGGCUGCGAGUCGAGCUCCACGGACAACGCCAAAUUUAAAUUCUGGGUCAAAUCGAAGGGUUUCCAGCUGGGCCAGCCGGACGAGGUCCGCGGGGGCGGCGGCGGCGCCAAGCAAGUGCUUUACGUGCCGGUCAAGACCACGGAUGGCAUAGGGGUAGAUGAGAAGCUAUCUUUGCGGCGGGUAGCUGUGGUUGAAGAUUUCUUUGACAUUAUCUAUUCAAUGCAUGUGGAAACAGGGCCAAAUGGAGAACAAAUUCGGAAACAUGCUGGACAAAAGAGAACUUACAAAGCAUCUGGAUCCAUUUUUUUUUCAGAUACAGAAAAAUGUGUGAAAUGCUCAAAGUUUCAAAUACAGAUUUCAGAGAGCUAUGCCUUCCUACCAAGAGAAGCGGUGACACGAUUUCUAAUGAGCUGCUCAGAGUGCCAGAAAAGAAUGCAUUUAAACCCAGAUGGAACAGAUCAUAAAGAUAAUGGAAAACCUCCCACUUUGGUGACCAGCAUGAUUGACUACAACAUGCCAAUUACCAUGGCCUAUAUGAAGCACAUGAAACUGCAGCUGCUAAACUCACAGCAAGAAGAGGAUGAAAGUUCAAUAGAAAGUGAUGAAUUUGAUAUGAGUGAUUCAACACGGAUGUCAGCUGUGAAUUCUGACCUCAGCUCCAAUCUUGAGGAAAGAAUGCAAAGUCCCCAGGCUCUUCAUGGCCAACAAGAUGAUGAUUCUGCCACAGAGAGCUUCAAUGGCAACGAGACUCUGGGACACAGUUCAGUCGCUUCGGGGGGAACACACAGCAGGGAGCUGGGCGACUCCAACGGUGACGGCAAAGCGGGGCUGGAGCAGGACGAGCAGCCCCUGAACCUGAGUGACAGUCCCCUGUCAGCGCAGCUGACGUCGGAGUACAGAAUAGACGACCAGAGCACUAAUGGAAAAAGCAAAUACAAGAACCUUCUGAUUUCCGACCUCAAGAUGGAACGAGAAGCCAGAGAAAAUGGAAGCAAGUCCCCUACGCAUAGCUAUUCAAGCUACGACUCGGGCAAAAAUGAGAGUGUGGAUCGGGGUGCUGAGGAUCUGUCUCUAAACAGGGGAGAUGAGGAUGAAGAUGACCACGACGACCACGAAGAUUCUGAGAAAGCUAACGAGACAGAUGGCGUGGAGGCUGAGCGGCUAAAAGCUUUUAAUUCUCGACCUAUUCCUUCCCACCUUACUUCAGCAGUUGCUGAGAGUAUCUUGGCCUCAGCUUGUGAGAGUGAGAGUAGAAAUGCCGCCAAGAGGAUGCGCCUGGAUAGACAACAGGAUGAGUCUGCUCCAACAGACAAACAGUGUAAACCGGAGGCAGCCCAGGGCACUUACUCAACCUCAGCUGUUUCAGGCUCCCAGGAGGUGUUGUACAUCAACGGAAAUGGGACCUACAGUUACCAUAGUUACAGAGGGCUCGGAGGGGGACUGCUAAAUCUGAAUGAUGCAUCUAGUAGUGGACCCACUGAUCUCAGCAUGAAGAGGCAGUUGGCAACCAGCUCAGGAUCAUCUAGCAGUUCAAGCUCCAGACCUCAGCUGAGUCCAACUGAAAUCAACGCAGUGAGACAGCUGGUUGCGGGAUAUCGAGAAUCCGCCGCAUUUUUACUGCGUUCUGCAGAUGAACUGGAAAAUCUUAUUUUACAACAGAACUGAGUCCGACAACGACCCUCUUCACUGAGGUCUAAAUUUGCAGUUUCCACUAAUGACAUUUUGAUUUCCCAGCAGAGAUGCGUCUGGUCUUAACUGCACAGUCUUAAGAGAAAUACUUCCAUUAUGCCACAUUGUCCUUGAUCCAUAAAGUGAUGUGUUUCGGUGCUUCAAAGGAACCCUGGCCUCUGAAGUACUUGAGAUACGUUAAUGUGUCCAGCCUACUGCUUUUUGUUUUGGUGUGCCCACAAAAGUAUCUGGGGCAAAAAAAAAAAAAAAGAGGCUGUGUAUUCCUAACGCAAGGAUAAAACAGAAGAAGCUUGUGGUAUAAAAAAUAGUUCAAAGUCCAGCUGAAAUAUUAGUGGAAUUUGCUACUGACUUACUGGACUGAAAGCUGCAGUAUCUGGAAAAAAAAUAAAUAAAUAAAAGCCAAAAUUUCUUGUUGCUACAGGAUAUAGCAAUGAAAAGGAUCUUGUAUUUUAAAAAAAAAUGUAAUUUUUAUAAAAAGAAAACUUGUUUUUCAUUCAGAAUUGUCAUUUUUACUUUGGUAACUUUUUCAUAGGUCCUAAAAGAAAACUGUUUUGAGAAACUACUGUAAGUACCUUUUCCACAUCCCUUUGCCUUCUCCUCUUUCCAAAUUCUUUCUACAAAAAUAACACUUGAUGCUGGGGGAAAAAAAAAAAAACGGUACCCUUACCUAUGUUCUUUAAAUCGUCACAUCAGGAACUACUUCCAAGAGAAGCUUGCAUUUCUGCACUCACGCUCCUCUCAAGCAUCCCACUCAGCACUGCAGCUUUACCAUAGCGGUUUCACCACAGAAUUUUUUUAAUAUUCAAAAGAGACAUAUCAUUGAAAAAAAAAAAAUCACACCUUGAUUUCUUACAGCUGCUCUCCCCGGAUUGCCGCUGCUGUCUUACAGGCAUCCUUCUAGCAGCCCUUGGAUGUUGAUGACUGAAUGUUAAAGAGGUUGCAAGUGACAAUCUGAAAAUUUGCACUCUUGUGUGUUGCUUUCUUUUCUCUUUCAGGAAUAGUUUCCAAAAAGAGACAUUACCUCUCCUGAAACGAUUUGUAUGAUUUACACUUGUAGGUAAAAAUGAUGUAAAGAACUCUCAGUGGAUACAGCCGCAACUUACAAUGAACUGUCCCCUCCUCCUCUCUCCCAUACUUGACCCUUCUUAUUUUAUAGUGUUGGAUACACAUGAAUGGUGUUCUCUUUGUGCACUGAGGCAAGCCUAUUUUUAAAAUAUUUAGGGAGGAGUACAUCCGUUUACGCUUCUUGUACACUUUUUCUGUUGUUUAGCUUUGGUUGGAUUACAGAUUCUUUGUGCAUUCCUGAAUUUGCCUUAUUUCAUGUAAAAUUUAUGUCAUUUGGGUUUUGAUAAGUUUAAGGCAUCAGUGACAUUUCUUAACUACUUGUUACAUAUAGUUUUUCAAGUAAUGACUGUGGUUGUGACCAAGUAAUGUGCACUUUUUCUUGUAACUGUGGACAUUGCUAUGCUUUUUUCUUCUAGUGUUUCUAGAAUUAUGGUUCCUUACAGUUAUGUAAACAAAAAAACAAAACAAAAAAAAACCUUUUGUGAUACUGUUGGUGAAUAUAAUGUGAAAAUCUUAUUGAAAUAUGAGUAUUUUGGAAAUACAUAGAUGCACAAACAUCUUUUAAGGUGUGGAUUUAGAAUUUGCUUAUUUAAUUGAAAAUUUAAAAUAUUGAGGGCUGGUAUAAUUUUCUGUUUUGUUGGGUUUAAUAAACAGAUUUCUGUGUUAAAA